CAUACUUAACUCUUUCUUUCCAACAAGUUAAAACAAAAAAAAAAAAAUUCUCAAAACCAAAUAUUCAUGGCUUAUAAUCAAGAAGAACAUGAUCAAGAAGAUCACAAAAAAAUUCAGUAUCCUUUAGACUCAACAUGCUAUACAAUUCUUGAUGAGAUUGGUAAAGGUGUUAGUGCCAUUGUAUACAAGGCCAUUUGUCUACCAAUGAACUCUUCUGUAGUAGCAAUCAAAGCCAUUGAUCUUGAUCAAUCAAGAGCUGAUCUUGACAACAUUAGACGUGAAGCUAAAACCAUGUCCCUUCUUUCUCAUCCAAAUAUCCUUAAAGCACACUGUUCUUUCACUGUUGAUCAUUAUAUUUGGGUAAUCAUGCCUUUUAUGUCUGCUGGUUCUUUGCAAUCCAUAAUUUCCUCUGGUUUUCCUGAUGGUUUAUCCGAGCCAUGUAUCGCGAUAGUCCUAAAAGAAACGCUCCAUGCAUUGGCGUAUCUUCAUAAUCAAGGCCAUCUUCACCGCGAUAUUAAAUCAGGGAACGUACUGAUUGAUUCUGAUGGAACUAUAAAGCUUGCGGAUUUUGGAGUUUCUGCAUCAAUUUAUGAACCAAUUUCAGCUUAUGGGUCGUCGUAUUCAUCCUCUUCUUCGUGUUUAAUGUUCACUGACGUAGCUGGAACGCCUUAUUGGAUGGCCCCUGAAGUUAUACAUUCACAUACAGGGUAUAGUUUCAAGGCUGAUAUUUGGUCUUUUGGUAUUACUGCUUUGGAAUUAGCACAUGGACGGCCUCCACUGUCUCAUCUUCCUCCUUCAAAAUCCUUGUUCAUGAAAAUAACAAAGAAAUUUCGGUUUUCUGAUUAUGAGAAUACAAGAAACAGCAAGAAUUACAAGAAAUUCUCCAAAUCUUUUAAGGAUAUGGUAGGAUUAUGUCUUGAUCAAGAUCCAUCUAAAAGGCCAUCAGCAGAGAAAUUGUUGAAACAUCCUUUCUUUAAGUGCAGUAAUAAAGGUCCUGAUUUUUUGGUUAAGCACAUCUUGCAGGGCUUGCCAAGUGUGGAGCAGAGGUUCAGACAAUCAAAGAUUCAAAGACAAUUGUCGUUGAAGAAAUCCGAUGAUGAAAAUGAGGAGGAUCCAGAACAGGGAGAAAUUUCAAAGCAAAGAAGGAUCAGUGGAUGGAAUUUCAAUGUGCAAGGGUUUGAACUUGUUCCAGUUUUCCCGGUUGAAAAAGAUCAGCAAAUUAGCCUAAAACAAGAUAAUGAUAAUGUGGUGAAGCAAGUCGAUGUAUCGGAACUGGGUUCUGAUACAUCGACUAUAAGUUCACCAGGAAGUUCACGCCAAUCUGAGGUCGAAGGUGCUAUUGUUUGUGGUGGAGAUAGAAAAAUUGUUACUGAAAUUGGGAGUGGGAGUGUUAGUAGGGAAGUAAUGUUGGCUAGCUUAUUGUUUUUAAAGAAGAGUUUGGAUGAUCAAAGGCAAAAUGUAAUGAAUUUGAUAAGUAUUUUCCACGGGGAACAACACAGUGUGGAAGUGAGUAGGAAAGACCAGCUGAUUGAUAAGCUGAGAAAUGAACUGGAGAAUGAGAAGAAGAAGAAUUGUGCUUUGCAGCUCGAGUUAGAAUUUCUGAAGUCUCACUAUUCGAAUUAGUGGUAGAACUUAUAUGUAAUUGUAAUCGUAGAAUUUUUAAUUAUUUAAGCUUUAGACAUAAUGUUGUCGGACAGAUGAGCUCAAACUGAUGAACAACGAUGAUUCAUAUAGCCAACCCCAAUACUGUGCUUUGUAAAUGUCUAUUGACCAAUAAAGCUAAAAUGAUGUAUGCAGAUA